AUGGACAACCCCAAUACUCCUCUUCAGCGCGCAUUCAACACAUUCUUGACCACCAUGCCCCCUCAGCAGCUCUCAGAGUUGCUUCAUCAUCUUCAGGACACCAUGCCCCAGAACAUCAACGUCCCUUCCCAUGAGACUGAGACUCCUGGAGAGUCCUCUCAGUCUGCUCUCGACAAUGCCAAUGCAUCUGUCGACCAUGGAGAACGUGGCACUCAGGUCCCAGCUUCACGUGCAAAGCGGGCUCAGGACUCAAAACGAAGACCACUGAACAGCUUCAUUGCAUUCAGAAGCUUCUACUCGGUCAUGUUUCCGGAGAUCACUCAGAAAGCGAAGUCGGGCAUCCUUCGUUUCCUGUGGCAGAACGAUCCUUUCAAAGCGAAGUGGACCAUCAUCGCCAAAGCCUACUCCAUCAUCCGUGACACUCAUGAGAAUGAAAACAGUGUCUCGUUGGAAACCUUUCUAAAUCUCAACUCGGGGAUGAUUGGCAUUGUUCAGCCGGAUCGCUAUCUCGAUGUGAUGGGAUGGCAGCUCGCUGUCGAUGAACAACAACAGUACACCAUGACCAAGGUCAAACUUUCCACUACCACCGAAGAUCAACUUUCCACCAAUUAUUCGGUCGAUGAUAUCAUCAAACACUGUUACGACACCGGCUAUGUCACUGGCGGCAAUCGAAACAACGGCGCAGACCAUGGCCGUAACCCAGCUGUUAUGGCUUUUGCUGCCCAGCCGAAUUUGGUUGUCCACGAUAACAACAGCAUUCAGAUCAACGACAGCCACACCAUCAUCACUGGGGAUCGUGAUGGAAGCACUUCCAUUAAGUCUGCUUCUCCAGACAACGCCACCGAAAUUUCAUCCUCUGAUUCCAGCGACAUUGCCACCACCAUCGAAGACAGUCAGUCUGAGCACACCGAAUCACUUCCUGUCCUCGACUUCAUGCAGGAUGAAAUCAACUGCCACCAGUUCCAGCCGGAUGAAGCUUUGCUGUCACUCUGGAACGAAGAUGGAUCAAUGCGUCAGUAUGGUGUGGCAUUCCCUUCUUCGCUUCCCAACUUCGAUCCACUAGUCUACGACGAAGCUUAUGAUGGAUUCGAUUUUGAUCGGUUCAUCAUGCUCUGAUGUACGACAAUUUACAUCCACCAUGCACACAAACGGUACGAGGAACUUUAAAUAUGCAGAAGCACAAUAGCAGCAUCGGGUUUUGGGAAUUCAUUGUCAUUACGACUGCAACUUUGAAGGCGAAGCAUUGAUGGCGAAUGUUUACUGUCGAAGGACUUCCCGCAAUCAUCUUUCCUGUG